AUACCAGUCUGUCCUCAACACUGCGCGCCUGUCCAAACUGGGAUCGCAGAUCUCGGAGCGGUGGAUUUUAUUAGUCGGACGCUGUAGGGCACAAUUCACCUCCGUGGACGCCCUCCCUUGCAUGUUUUGUUUUAUUUUAAUACUUCCACCCAACAGUCCCAGGUCUCUCAAACAGGCUGUUCAGUGACAUUUUCGCAGGGAAGCAGCUCGCAGCCACAGCCAGAGGUUUCUGCACCGAGCUGCGUUACGAGCCCAUGAAAACGGGAGGGGAGAGAAAACCGAGAGAAGUCAUCAGCUUCAUCUGAACAAAGACGAGGCACAAACAGAUACACAUGGGGCAGGGAGAAGCUUCAGCACGAGGGACAACCAUGGAGGGGGACUGUCUCAGCUGCAUCAAGUACCUCAUGUUUGUCUUCAAUUUCCUCAUCUUUCUAGGGGGCUCUUUCCUCCUGGGAGUGGGGGUGUGGGUACUUGUGGACCCCACAGGGUUCAGGGAAAUUGUAGCAGCCAACCCCCUGUUAUUCACCGGUGUCUACAUCAUCCUGGGCAUGGGCGGCAUGCUCUUUCUUCUGGGUUUCCUUGGCUGCUGUGGAGCCAUCCGUGAAAACAAGUGUCUGCUCCUCUUUUUCUUCAUGCUCAUCCUCCUCAUCUUCUUAGCGGAGCUAGCUGCUGCCAUCCUGGCCUUCAUAUUCCGGGAACAUCUGACCAGAGAGUACUUCACCAAGGAGCUGAAGAGACAUUAUCAGGGCUACAACAACACUGACGUCUUCACCUCCACAUGGAAUGCCAUCAUGACUACAUUUGACUGCUGUGGGGUGAACAGCCCAGAGGAUUUUAAGGACAGCCUGUUCAAGCUGAUCAACCCAAAUCAUAUGGUGCCAGAAGCCUGCUGCCAGCGUGCCAGUCAGACUGGGGAGUUGGCCUAUAUCAGCCAGGAGCAGUGCCUAUCAGGCAGUAUGAUGUUCCGCAAUAACAAGGGCUGUUACUCUGCAGUAGUUGACUACUUUGAGCUGUACAUCUAUGUGGCUGGAGCACUCGCCAUUGUGGUGCUGACCAUUGAGCUCUUCGCCAUGGUCUUCGCAAUGUGUCUCUUCAGGGGAAUCCAGUAGAGCUGCUCCAUGUGUGAACUUCUUUUUUAAAAAAGGGAUUUCAGGAGAUAAGACUAAAACAGACACUUGUAAAUUUGUUGAUCUUUUUUUCUAUUGGCUAAUAGGUAGAAAAACAAACUCUUGUACUUCACAGCUGGACUUUUGAGGUACUGGGUGGCAAAAAAAACACACACACACACACACACACACACACAUACACAGACACACAAACCGUAGAGAAAAUGGGAGAUCAGAGACCAAACUGAUGUAAAAAGAGCUGUGUGUAAAGUGGAAACAGUAAUUUGUGGACCAGGUCUAGCACAGACUGGGUGUAAAGUGGACCGGGCAUGAGGACCAGGUGAAGCCUGAGCAGAAGGCACUGCACUGACUUUUGGAUGAAGAAUAUUUAUAUUAAGUAAAGUUGGCUUAACUGUAAAAAAUGUGUUUUAUGUACACUUUGGCUGUUACCCUUUUCCCCUUACUUACUGUAUACUGUAACACACUCCCUCCCUCCCUCCACAUGCCUUUUUUACAGCCACUCUUCUUUAAUGCUGUAUUAUAUAAGCUCUGUGUGCGUGUGUGCGUGUGUGUGUGUAUGCGUGUGUGUGUGUACGCGCGUGCGUGUGUGUGUAGAUACUGAAUGCUCUUUCUGAAUGUGUUUCAACUAGUUUGUGAGCAUGUGAGCUUGUGGUUCUUCAUGACCCCUCCCAAGCUUGAAAGCCGACUUCUGAUACUUUUUCUAAUCGUAUGGUGAUGUUUAUUGCAGUAGUGGUCAUAUGUGGUUUUAGGUGGUGAAAUGUAUGUUUAUGCAUUUGUAUUAGAUUCUUGAAAAGUCAAUGACAUAAAUGGCAUUCUAAAUGAC